AUGGUUUACUUAGGACGAUCGAGGGGUCUGCUUGGAGCAUUGCUCUUGUGCAGCACACGCUUUGCGCAAAGUCUGAGAUAUGACCCUAACGAGAAAGACUAUAAUCUCAACACCAAUCAAGCUGCGACAAAUCCUUUGGACUACUCAGGAACAUGGCAAGACCAUACAUUCUAUCCCUCUCCCGAGAAUUGGCGAUUCCCGUUCUAUACAUUAUUUCUUGAUCGGUUCGUCAACGGUGAUCCGUCCAACGACGACAUCAAUGGCACGUUAUUCGAGCAAGAUAUCAUGGGCACUACCAUGCGCCAUGGAGGUGACUUGGCAGGCUUAGUGGACACCUUAGACUACAUACAAGGCAUGGGCAUAAAGGGCCUCUAUGUAGCCGGUACACCAUUCAUCAACAUGCCGUGGAAGUCGGAUUCCUAUUCGCCUCUCGACUUCACUCUACUUGAUCACCACUUCGGCAAACUUGCUGAGUGGAGAGCAGCGGUUGAUGAGAUCCACAGGCGAGGAAUGUAUAUACUGAUGGAUAACACAUUCUCGACGUCAGUAUCGCAAAUUAUGGCCGAUCUCAUCGGGUUUGAUGGGUAUUUGAAUGAGUCUACACCAUUUCUUCCUGAAGAGCACGAAGUGGUCUGGAAGACUGAACGCCAUUAUCCUGACUUCGCAUUCGGCAAUACAAAAACCUCAACAUGCGUGUUGCCUCGCUUCUGGGACGAGAGUGGUAGUAUGGUGAAACAAGGAGCCAACAGCGAUGAGUUCUCUGCGACGUUUGACAAGCUCUCCUCAGAGUCGAGUUGCUACGACAGCGACUUCGACCAGUACGGCGAUACCGAAGCCUUUGGCGUUUUCCCUGACUGGCAGAGACAACUUUCAAAAUUUGCAUCUGUGCAAGACAGAUUGCGCGAGUGGAAGCCAUCGGUUCUCGACAAGCUCAAGCAUCUGCAUUGUCUUACCAUUUCCAUGCUCGACAUCGAUGGCUUCCGUAUCGACAAAUCCACACAAGCUACCGUCGACGCGUUGGCAGACUUCAGCGAAUCGAUACGCGAAUGUGCUAGAAGCGUUGGCAAAGAGAACUUCAUGAUUGCCGGAGAAAUUACUGGAGGUAACAACUUUGGCUCAAUCUACCUGGGUCGUGGCAGGGAACCUGGUCAGAAGAUCAACGAUCUUGGAGAUGCUGUGAAGACAAGCAAUGAGUCAGACGACAAGCUUUUCCUGCGCGCACCAGGCAAGAGCGCCCUUGAUGCAUCUGCUUUCCACUACAGCGUAUACCGCCUGUUACAGCGCUUCCUUGGUAUGGAUGGCAAUCUGACAGUCGGUUAUGAUAUUCCUGCAAACUUCGUCGAUGGUUGGAAUCAGAUGUUGUUGACCAAUGACCUGGUCAACCCAAACACCGGAAAGUUUGAUCCCAGACACAUGUAUGGUACGUCCAACCAAGACGUCUUCCGUUGGCCGACCAUCAAGAACGGAACCGAGAAGAUGCUUCUCGGUCUCUUCAUGACUACUCUGCAUAUGCCCGGUGUACCUUUGCUCAACUGGGGUGAAGAGCAAGCGCUCUACACUCUUGACAAUACGGCAUCAAACUAUGUAUUCGGACGUCAACCCAUAUCAUCGUCGCUUGCGUGGCAGACACAUGGUUGUUACCAGCUCGGGGCGGAUAUCUUCACCGACUUUCCAAUCGAUGCAGGCGCCAACGGCUGCAAUGACGACAGCGUCUCUCAGGAUCAUAGGGAUCCCACACAUCCCGUCCGCAAUAUCAUCAAGUCGUUCUACCAUCUAAGGACCAAGAACCCGAUUCUAAAUGACGGGUGGCUGUUGCAGUCCCUCUCAAACCUGACACACAAUGUUUACCUUCCCGGAUCCAAUGGUACUGCUUCUGAAGUCGGCAUGUGGAGCGUAAUGCGCAACCAAUUCUUCGACGGCGUGCAAAAUCUCACAGGCACUUUGGAUGCAAAGCCAGCAGUAUGGCUUGUCUAUCAGAACGAAGAUCAUACUAUUGACUAUACCUUCGAUUGUUCGUCCAACGAUACAGCCCUGGUUUCGGUUUUCGACGAAGAAGAGGAAGUUCGAAAUCUACUUAGUCCAUACGACACUAUAACUCUUAAGCGUGGUCCGAAGAAGCUUGGAAUUGAUGGCUCGGAGAAGUUCAAUGGCUGUCUCGAUAAGCUCACCAUGAAUCCUUGGGAUUUCAGGGUUUACGUUCGCAAAGCAGAUUGGAUCGAGCCCGCACCGACGCUGACGAAAUUCAAUCCCGGUCAUGAUGCGCGCAUCUUAUCGAAGGUCGGUCCGGGAGAGAAGGAGUCUGUUGAUGUUGAGCUGCAGUUCUCCCAAGAGAUGGACUGUGAUUCGAUCACGAAGAACAUCAUAGUCACUUCGACCACAGCAGACAAGAGUACCCCCGGGCUUGACACGAAGAGUGUUGUCUGUGGCAAGAUACAGGAUUCAAGCCCACCACCUUACAUUGGGGCCAUCACUUCAGCGUGGAGCUGGAAGGCUACGCUGGUCGACGUAUCUCACGGUGUGCACAGUCUCACUGUUCAGAAUGCUUCGACAACGGGUGGCAUCUCUACUGGUUCUACAGACCAUGUAUUCUUUCGUAUUGGUGAAGCUGAAAAUCCUAUAGUUUUCCCUCGUACUGCAAACUACAGCAGCAACGUACUCUCUAAAGGCCCCGAUGGAGCCCUGCUUUUAUCGCAACAAGCUGCUGGAGCUGACAAGUGGCGCUACUCAACCAACUGGAGAUCCACUUGGAGUGACUGGCAAGAUUACGAUGGGUCCAAUUCGACUGUGAAACUCCAGCCUUGGUCGGGUACAAAACAUCAAAAGUGGAGUGGAGAACAUAUCGUACUCCAGUACUGGAAUCGUGUGAUCGGAAGCAGCACGCAUAUCCAGCACGCUGAUGUUGAUCAGAAAACACCUCGACGAUUCCCACAUCUCUUUGCAGAGGGUAAGUUCAAUCAAUUUGGAUUCGACGGUGGUUUGAGGAAUACCUUUGAGCUCUCUAAUGAUGCAUGGGAUUUCCAUCUCAUGGCCGAGUGGCCUCACGAAGUUCAAGUUAAUGUUUGGGGUAUGAACCCUGACGGCCAACCAGACCAAUCUUUCAUCUACGGAGAUAUUGACAACGACACUGUUCUGGACCGAUUGCCACCUGAUGCUCUGAGUCCCGCUCUUAUCAACAUGACCGAGUUUCCUCCUAGUCCAUAUCUCGCUUACAAAAUCAAUAUCGACGAUGCUACUUAUAGAUACAAGCUUAUACCCACUGGCAGUCGAGUUGUUCAAGUCCUCGUCUUUGCUCUUCUCUGGUCUAUUCCCGUUUUGACUGGCGUGAUCAGUAUCUGGACCUACAUGGGCGCUUUCUAUGGAGUCAAAUUCAACAAAAUCGGCCUCUCCAUGCCUAAAGGUAUGCCAACGUUCUGGAACCGACGCAAGUUCAGCAAGUUGGCAGACGACGAUGGGGAGGAAGUCGGACAUCGUAUGAGGCCGCUGUUUUUGGGAAAGUCCCACCAACGAUAUGACUCUGCCGCAUCGGGCAUCUCCAUCGCUGCUGCCAAGGAUAAGAGACGUAAAGUCAUCAUCGCGACGAUGGAAUACGACAUCGAGGAUUGGAGCAUCAAGGUCAAGAUCGGUGGCCUCGGCGUCAUGGCUCAACUCAUGGGCAAGAGUCUCACCCAUCAAGAUCUGAUCUGGGUCAUUCCAUGUUGUGGUGGUAUUGAGUACCCAAUCGAUCAAGCUGCUGAGCCUAUGAUUGUGACUAUCCUCGGAAACCCAUACGAGGUUCAAGUACAAUAUCAUCAGCUCAACAACAUUACCUAUGUCCUGCUGGAUGCCCCAGUCUUUAGAAAGCAGACGAAAACUGAGCCAUAUCCUCCUCGCAUGGAUGACUUGGAUUCUGCUAUCUACUACAGCGCAUGGAACGCCUGUAUCGCCGAAGCAAUCAAGAGAUUCGAGCCAGACAUUUACCACAUCAAUGACUACCAUGGAAGUGCCGCGCCUCUUUAUCUGCUUCCAGAGACUAUUCCCUGUUGUUUGUCGCUCCACAACGCUGAGUUCCAAGGACUAUGGCCUAUGCGAACAGACCAAGAGACAGACGAAGUGUCACGUGUUUACAACCUGGACAAAGAUACUAUUGAAAAGUAUGUGCAAUUUGGCGAGGUCUUCAAUCUACUACACGCUGGUGUGAGCUAUCUGAGAGUUCACCAAAAAGGCUUCGGUGCUGUCGGUGUGUCUAACAAAUAUGGUGCUCGUUCUUUCGCUCGCUACCCUAUCUUCUGGGGAUUGAAAGAGAUUGGCAAGCUGCCCAACCCUGAUCCAUCUGACACAGCCCCCUGGAGCCGCGAGGAAGAAGCAAAUCAAGUCAUCACAGUCGACCCAGCAUACGAAGCCUCACGAGGCGACCUGCGUCAACAAGCUCAAGAGUGGGCUGGUCUUGAGAUUGACCCUACUGCUGAGCUUUUCGUGUUCGUCGGCCGAUGGAGCAAUCAGAAGGGUGUGGACUUGAUCGCCGACGUUUUCCCUAACAUUCUGGAGAAGCAUAAGAAUGUUCAGCUCAUCUGUGUUGGACCUGUGAUUGACAUGUACGGCAAAUUUGCAGCACUGAAGCUCGGAGUCAUGAUGAAGAAGUACCCAAAACGCGUGUACUCAAAGCCUGAAUUCACGGCAUUGCCUCCUUUCAUUUUUUCGGGAGCCGAAUUUGCCCUUAUCCCUAGCAGAGACGAACCCUUCGGCUUGGUUGCUGUUGAAUUUGGGCGAAAAGGAGCUCUCGGCGUAGGUGCUAGAGUUGGUGGUCUGGGUCAAAUGCCGGGCUGGUGGUUUACCGUGGAAUCAACAACCACGGCACAUCUGAUGCACCAAUUCAAGUCUGCCAUCGAGGACGCCUUAGCCGCAAAGACCGAUGUACGAGCUAUGAUGCGUGCAAGGAGUGCUAAACAAAGAUUCCCCGUCCAGAAGUGGGUGGAAGACCUCAACACACUUCAAAGCACAGCCAUCCGCAUCCACCAGCGCGAGGCAAACUACGGACUGCAGCCAGGCAGAAGAUCAGUGUCGAUUUUUGGCAACGACUCGAGUAUUUCUCUGGCUCCUUCGAGAGACGCCAGCCCAAACGCUCGCUCGGUCUACGAAACUCAACCACGUAUGAGCCCCACACCUUCCGGCUUGAAUCGUACUUUAUCUCUGGGCUCAAGAGCUGGUCCUGGUCAUCAUGGUCGAACACCUCGUGUGCAGAUUACUGAUGCCGACAUUUCUGAAAAUGACGAAGAUCCUUUCGGCAGCGAGUAUAGCCUAGACAUGGAAGAAGAGGAGACUAUCACCCGUGAAGAGGCUGACGCAUUCACAAGAGAUUCGGAGAGAGCAGAUGCUUUGGAGCGACUCGAAGGCAGAGGAAGAGGCGCUUCACUGAGUGCGCCACAACCUGCCUUUAUGCCAGGGCCACGUUCGAGAUCACCAAGCCCUGAUCCCAGAGAACUCAACAGAGGUAGAAGCCGCAAUCGAGGUUCCGGGCCCUAUCUUUCCGUUCAAACGGGAGAUGGAACAAACAGAAGGGCAAGCGCCGAUAGCCUGCUUCCAGAAGACGCCGAAAGACGCGACCGCUCAAGCUCUCGCAUCAGCAAUUCAUCAAGACUGAGCACAUCCUCACAACUCGACUUGACAACCGUGAUUGGCGGUAAAAAAGACUACAGUUUACAAAAGAUCGAGCUCGACUUCGACGACAAGACUGGCGAAUACUACCGCGCUUUCGAGACCAUGUUGGACAAACUCAACGGCAAAACCUCCGAAAAAGAUCUCUGCAUCGAAGAGUAUCUCGUCGAGAGCGAAAAAGCCUGGUUCAAAAAGUACCGCGAUGCCAAACUCGGUAGAUCGCGCGACCGGGGUUCGUCUGCCAAUCUUCGCAACAACCGGAUGAGUAGCACAGCAUAUCAUGGAUCUCGGAGAUCUUCUUCGCAUGACGCCGACGAACGGAUGAGUGUUGGCGAAGGCUCGAUGGAGGACUUUUUGCUCGGUGCCAAUUACCAGCGGCCAUCACUCGUCAAACGCUGGAUGCUUACCCGACUUGGCGAUUGGCCUCUAUACUCCUUCCUGCUUGCUCUUGGACAAAUCAUGGCUGCCAACAGUUACCAGAUAACUCUGUUGACUGGUGGCGAGGAUCCAAAGCCAUCGAUGAUUUACACGAUCGGUGGCAUCUACAUUGCGGCUUCUGUCAUUUGGUGGCUCCUUUUCCGUACGAUGAAGGCUCGAUUCGUGCUUUCUGUGCCGUUUGUCAUGUAUGGCAUUGCGUUCUUAUUCGUUGGAAUGGCGCCGUUCUUGCCAAAAGGUGCUGGAAGAAACUGGAUGCGUAAUGUGGCAGAUGGUGUUUACGCAGCUGCUUCUGCGAGUGGAAGUCUAUACUUUGCACUCAACUUUGGAGAUGAGGGUGGUUCGCCGAUUUCGUCUUGGGUAUACCGAGCAUGUAUCAUCCAGGGUACUCAACAACUGUACAUCACCGGUCUCUUCUACUGGGGCCGCACCAUCACAAUCGCCACACCAAAACAAAAGAUCGAAAAGGACACGCUCUCGUCUUCGCCAAUCAUGGCUGCCAUCACUCUCCCCAUCGCAGGUCUACUCUGGGUGAUUGCACUAACUCUGUUCACCAGCCUACCAGCAUACUACCAACAGCAACCGGGAAAGAUACCGAGUUUCUACAAGACCCUCGCUCGCCGCAAAUUGAUCUCUUGGUUCUUCGUCGCUGUGAUCUUGCAAAACUACUUUCUCUCCUCCCAAUACGGACGCUCUUGGCAAUAUCUCUGGAGUUCGAAUCACGCGCCUGUAUGGGUGAUUGCCAUUUUGGUGCUCGUCUUCUUCAUCGCAGUGUGGUCAUUGAUGCUGUACGUCUUUGGCAAACUGAGCAAAAGUCACAGUUGGAUCCUGCCAAUCUUUGCAAUCGGAUUGCUGGCUCCUCGCUGGGCGCAGCAGUGGUGGGGUACCUCUGGCUUUGGCCUCUGGCUGCCCUGGAUGCCCGGCGGCCCCGAAGCAGGCGCUAUAGCAGGCCGAGCUCUGUGGCUGUGGUUGGGAGUGCUUGACGCAGUGCAAGGCGUUGGCUUUGGCAUGAUGUUGUUGCAAACACUUACGCGCAUACACAUCGGUGUCACGCUCAUCUCGGCACAAGUGUUGGGUACAGCGGUGACGUUGAUUGCCAAGUCGACUGCACCCAAUAGAAAUGGGCCUGGAGAUGUGUUUCCUGAUUUGAGUGCUGGAGUGAUGGAGGCGAUUGGCAAGCCUUGGUUUUGGGUUGCGUUGGCUUGUCAGCUUGUCAUUCCGGUUGGCUUUUUCAAGUUUUUCCGCAAGGAACAGUUGUCGAAGCCUUGA